AUGACGCCAACCAGCACCGUGCUAGCCUCUCGAAAUGCCACCGCGGUCCCUACACCUGUUGCGUAUGACUUCCGCCUCUAUCGAUAUACGCCAUCGCUAGAAGUCCCAAUAGUGGCUGUUGCUGUGUUCGCUAUCCUCACCGGGUAUCAUGCCAUCCUUAUCAAGCGGCAUCGGUCUUUCUACUUUACUGCAUUCACAAUCGGCGGCCUGUUCCAAUGUCUAGGUUAUGCCGGUCGCAUUUGGUCACAUUACGAUCCCAUGGCUAUUGGUGGCUUUGUUAUCCAGGCUAUAUUAAUUCUCGUUGCCCCAGCGUUGUACGCCGCUUCCAUUUAUAUGAUCUUGACACGCCUCAUCCGCUCCAUCAAUGCUCAACAUUUAUCCAUCGUCCCGGUUCGUUGGCUCACAAGAAUCUUCGUUGCCGGCGACGUUGUGUCGUUUGUUAUGCAAGCCGGUGGUGGUGGCAUUCAGGCAGCUGGAACACUUGAUCUCUAUAACCUUGGCGAAAAAAUCAUCAUUGUCGGGCUCUUUGUGCAGAUUGCUUUCUUCGGCUUCUUUAUCGUCACAACAGUCAUGUUUCACUACAAGUCUGUCGCAACUCCUACCCCUGCUGCAAGAGCCGAAGUCGUCCGUUGGAAACGCCACAUCUACGUCCUCUACACAACCAGCUGCCUGAUUCUUGUCCGAAGUAUAUUCCGCGUCAUCGAGUAUCUACAAGGCAACGGCGGGUAUUUGAUAUCCCACGAGGUAUUCCUCUAUGUAUUUGAUGCUCUGCUCAUGGCUUCUGUCAUGAGUACUUUUGCCGUCUGGUAUAUAGGAGAUCUUGAGCAGGACAAGGACAAGCUACGGGAAUUUAGAAUAGCCGGUUAA